AGCGGUAAGAGUCGCGUAACCGAUCCAUGUGGUUGUUGAAGUGGACGAGCUUAUGGGGAUCGAGGGCGAGGACGCGGCGGCGAAGGAGCUGCUGGAGCGCGCACGACGACUGUGUCUGGCUGCGAGGCAGUUUGAGCUGCCGGUGAUACUGGGUCUCAGGAGCGAUGUCAUCGAACGGGAAGAGAGCGAAAGAGCGACUCCAGAGGACGGAGAGGGCGAUCGAACACGUCCAAACAGCAGCAAACGCUCUCAACGGUCUUCGGACGAGAAGCUACCACCGAUUUAUAUUGCACUACCAACUGCUGCAUUGACUAAAAAGCACAAGAAAUCUGUCAACCAGAUCGAAGAUCAGGAUACAAAGCUAUUGGAGAGGGCUCGGCGACUUGGCGAGGAGAAAUCAAAGAUGGAGCGGGAGUUGAAGAAGGUCAAGCAAGCACAAGAGCGCGCACAGGCUCGAAUUGCAAGAAUGAAUCAAAUUGAGCAACAGCAGGCACGACAAACAGCCGAACAGCAGCAAUUUGCCGCGUGGAGUGCAGAGGAAUGUGCUGAGAAGAUAAAGAGAGCGCAGGAAAGUCGACGUCGGGCAAAGGAACGCAUUCGAAUGAAGCGUCAAGAGAAGAUGCCAGACGUAACACCACCAAACACUACGCCUGGGAAACUGAACGAGGCGAAAUCUUUCCACAAGAUGCCCAUUAAACGACGGCAAGUGGGUGGGCCGGAAAGGAAUGAAGAUAUUGAUGCGAAGCAGCAGCUUACUGAAAGAAAGCUCCGACAGGAAACAGCAGCGCGCUUGCGUCGAAUGAAGCAGUUAGCUGAUAGCCAAAAACGCCAAGAGCAGCAAGAGUUCGAGCAAAGUCUACAAAGGUAUAGAAACAAGCUAAGAGAGAUGGAUCGCGUUGCGAAGGCCUUGAUUAAGCAGCCGUCCCUACCUGACAUUAACGAGCCUACUCUUCUCGAGCCACAGGAGGCCAGCGAGGAGAGAGCACCAUUUUCAACGAAUUCCGGACGCUCCAGUCCAGUUCAAGAUGGAUUGGUGUCAACAACGUCAAGUGUAAACCAAGAGCGAGAACCAUCUUCGAAUACAGAUGAACUGAAUAAUGCACCCAGUCCAGAGAGUCGUCCUGAUGAAAUUGGGGCAUCGUCACCUCGAAUAACAGAAGCAAAUACUCGGCGAACGAAGACCAGAUGCAAGCUGCCAGCGUGGAAGCGACCACCGGUUCCUAUGCAACCUGUGAAGUGUUAUUCGUACAAAGCGAUUCUCCCGGUAGGCUAAGUGGCCAUCAAAAUCUUUGUACGUAGCUGAUUAUUCUAUUAUGUAUGUGGUUCUACAGCCGUACUCGCGGGCAUCACUGACAGCUCCAGGGCAUUCAAGAGCAGCUAUCUUGUAAUCUUCUGAAACGCGCAUUGGAUCACAUAAAAUGUCGCGGUAAUUCAAAUAAUCAUGAACGUGUAUUUUCAUUUGGCUGAUCGUGCAGCCUUGCGCUUUGCUUCCAGUUCUAACUGCGCUCUCUUAGUUUUGGAGUCGCCAUUUGGCGUGUAAUUGCGGUCGAGGAAGGUUUGCUUGUUGUUUUUCAUCGCGAUCUGCUUCUCAUACGGCAACUGCUUGACCGACUUGUUUAUCUUGAGUCGAUUAGUCGCUUCAGCCGCCAUCUGAGCGUAGAUUUGUUCCUGUCUUUCUGCUUGAGCACGCGAGGUUUCAGCCAUUCGGGAGAGUACGAUUGCGGAAGACCACACUUUGGACAAGCCUUCUUAUCCUGUUGCAAAAAUCACGAAAAGAAUCUUGGAAACCGUAUCAAAAAAAAAGAAAACAGACAAAUUCACGUACCAAACGUGCGUUAUAGUCAUUCUCGCCUCGACUUAAAUCAAGUUUCUACAAACCAUUAGCACGAAUGGUAAGCAAUUGUUAUACAAAUUUGAGCUCCAGAUUCCACACUUUUUGGCGAUUCCUUUCUGCCGCUUCCAUCCGAGAAAUAAAG